AUGGCGGACCAACAUGAGGUCGACCUUGACUCGAUAAUCGACCGUCUCCUCGAGGUUCGGGGAAGCCGCCCUGGCAAGCAGGUCCAGCUUCUUGAGGCUGAGAUCCGCUACCUGUGCACCAAGGCUCGUGAGAUUUUCAUCUCUCAGCCCAUCCUUCUCGAGCUUGAGGCUCCUAUCAAGAUCUGCGGCGAUAUCCACGGACAAUAUUACGACUUGCUGCGUCUCUUUGAAUAUGGCGGUUUCCCUCCUGAGGCCAACUACCUGUUCCUUGGCGACUACGUGGACCGAGGCAAGCAGUCUCUCGAGACCAUCUGCUUGCUGCUUGCCUACAAGAUCAAGUAUCCCGAGAACUUCUUCAUCCUCCGUGGCAACCACGAGUGCGCCUCCAUCAACCGUAUCUAUGGCUUCUACGACGAGUGCAAGCGCAGAUACAACAUUAAGCUGUGGAAGACCUUCACCGACUGCUUCAACUGCCUUCCCAUCGCCGCUAUUAUCGACGAGAAGAUCUUCACUAUGCACGGUGGUCUCAGCCCUGACCUGAACUCCAUGGAGCAGAUUCGCCGCGUCAUGCGACCCACUGACAUCCCCGACUGCGGUCUUCUUUGCGAUCUUCUGUGGUCUGACCCAGACAAAGAUAUCACUGGCUGGAGCGAAAACGACAGAGGUGUUUCCUUCACCUUUGGUCCGGACGUUGUUUCCCGCUUCUUGCAGAAGCACGACAUGGACCUGAUCUGCCGUGCCCAUCAGGUCGUCGAGGACGGCUACGAAUUCUUCUCCAAGCGCCAACUUGUUACCUUGUUCAGCGCACCCAACUACUGCGGAGAGUUCGACAAUGCUGGAGCCAUGAUGAGCGUAGACGAGAGCCUGCUUUGCUCGUUCCAGAUCCUGAAACCCGCUGAGAAGAAACAAAAGUACGUCCCCGGUGGUCUCGGAGGCAACAGCCGACCAGUCACAUCUCCCUGGAAGUCCGCUUCCAAGUGA